AAGGUUCAGUUUACUCCAAACGCAAGACAAAAUGAACAAGCUCGCUGCUGUACUCGCCAUUACCUUGGCUUCGUUGGCCGCCGUUUCGGCUCAGUGCCCUCGUAUCAUCACCCGUGCCGGAUGGGGUGCCCGUGCUGCAAACACGGCUGUUCUGCCAAUCCGCCCAGCUCCAUGGGUUGUGAUGCAUCAUACCGCUGGAGCUCACUGCACCACCGAUGCCGCUUGCGCCCAGCAGAUGCGUAAUAUCCAGUCCUUCCACAUGGAUAGCAACGGAUGGGCUGAUAUUGGAUACAACUGGUGUAUUGGAGAGAACGGUGCUGCCUACGAAGGACGUGGUUGGGGACGACAGGGUGCUCAUGCUCCCGGAUUCAACGAUCGCUCGGUCGGUAUGUGUGUCAUGGGAACCUUCACCAACGCCAUUCCCAACUUGGCCGCUCGUAACGCCGCUCAGCAGCUGAUCUCUUGCGGUGUGUCGCUCGGACACAUCAGUGGCUCGUACUGGCUGAUUGGACAUCGUCAGGCAACCGCUACUGCUUGCCCUGGAAAUGCUUUCUUCGAGCACAUCCGUACCUGGCCACGAUUCAACCCAAAUCCUUAAAUGUGAGGUAAUUCCGUU